AUGAAGUCGCGCCCACUGUUCCCACAGCCCGAGCUGAGCCACGAAACGGCGAGCCAACCAAGCAGUCGAGACGCAGAGCCUGCAAUGAGUGCAAGCAGCAGAAACUUCGAUGUGACCUGGUCGCCAAUGACGGCGCCCCCACCACUCGCGAAGCCAGCAAUGCUGUGCUCGAGUGGCCCGUUCUACCUCCAGCAGCUCCCUGUUCGUGCAUCGAGCCCUUUCAACAGAGAAAUCAGCGUCUCCUGCUUGCCCGAAAGUGAAAAAGCUAACAUGCUCAUCUACUUGGUGCUUCUAGCCGAGGCGCGUGUCAGCGAGGUUGCCCUGUCAUCGGUAUCUGGCGCGUCUAGGCCAUCACCAGAUCCAAGAGAAAGCUCUCGUCUCCCGGGUCUUACCACGCAGCCUGUCAUUGACCAACCACAGGAGCCGCGCAAAUCAAUCAUCACGAUUCCAAGGGCCAGGAAGCUGGGCAAUGUGGAACUUACCGUCGAAGAGAUUGACGAGCUGUAUCUCAUUUACAUACUUCACUAUCACCCGUAUCUACCGUUCCUAGAUUCGGCCACUUCGCUUCACGAGUACUAUGAAUCUUGCGAGCUGCUGUUCUGGUCCGUCAUUGCUGUCGCCGCCCGGAGGCUCCAGAGCCAUCCUACGCUGCUGGCCAAGCUCGCGAGAAGUGUCACUGACCUUUUGUGGAAAACCCUCCGUUCCAUUCCAUAUUCACUUCGCGUAGUGCAGAGUCUGGUGAUCAUCUGCACUUGGCCUUUCCCGACGAGCAGCAGCACUGCGGAUCCAACUUAUAUGCUGGCGGGCAUGAUGGUGCAGAUGGGAACGCAAAUGGGGCUGCACCGCGCGCUCAACGCAGAGGAUUUUGUCAAGGUUCCUCUCCAUCUCAGCGUGUAUGAGUACUCGGAAUGGGUCAAGACCUGGGAAGCUUGUAAUAUUGUCGCACAAAGUCUUUCUCAUAGUGUAAGUGUCGGAUGCGGUCUGCCAGCUACGAUCCAAAUGCACGACUGGUCCCUCACGGUUGCGCCAGAGUCAAUGUCGUCACCUCACGACAUCUCUCUGAGAUGGCAUCUUCGCAUCGAGCAGUUCAGAUACAGAGUGUCUCAAGCGCUGACGUCCAACGCCCUCGACCCUGCCGGAUUCAUGUCAGCACGUGAGCGGCUGUCGCUGUAUAAACUCCUCAACGCGUCCCUUGUCGACUUGGAGCGCGAGGCCAUCAAUAUGACGCGUAAUAACGGAUUUGCCCCCUCUCAAGACAGCCAGUUACUGGAUGCUAAUGAUAGCGCAGCCGUAACUCGUUACUAUCUCGCCGCCGCCCGCCUUCAUCUCCACUCAUUCUACCUCUUUGACGACUCCAGUGUCGAUGGAUACGCCGACCGCAUCAUCGUGUUAUACCACACUGCUUAUUCCCUCAUUGAGCAGUGUCUCGAGAUGGAUAAUCAGGAGAUUGGACUGUUUCACUACUGCCCAUUCUUCUGUUACCAAGUGUUUGUCUCUGCGGCUUUCAUUAUCCUAAAGGUGAUGAUGAAUGGGUAUUUCGAAAAGCUUCUGGAUGUCGAAGCGGGCAAGAGACUGCUUGACGCUGCCAUAUCUUCACUUCGAAAGAUGUCAGUUGCGAACAAUGAUCUUCCCGGCCGCCUCAGCGACGUCAUUGGAUUCUUCUGCUCUCUACCAGAUCCUCGAGUAAUCAGCGGCGAAUCCAUCGACGACCUGCGCUUGCGUGUGCGAAACCGCCUUAGCAUGAGCAUUGUUUACGACUCGCUUUGGGAAUGGCGGAAGCAUUUCCAAUCGGAUGGAGACGGCCACAAUGAAGGCUCUGAAGAAACACAAGAUAAGUUGAUGACAGUUGGUCGCAAAUUGCACUCAUUUCCCACUAACGCCGAACGCACAGCCGCUAUUUAG